AUGCCGCCGCUGGCGAGGGCAUCACAGCGAAGCCGGUAUUCCAAGAAAAGGGCGCCGUCGGAGAGGGACUGGGCGGAGCUGCACCAGGACCUGAUCUCGUGCAUCCUCCACAGGCUGGACCAGGCCGAGCUCCUGAUCGGCGGCGUGGCAGGCGUGUGCCGUUCAUGGCGCCGCACCACCCGAGAGGAGCCGGAGCUGUGGCGCCGCAUCGACCUGCGCGGCGGCCUGUGGUUCGUCCCACCGUUUCGUCGCGAGUGGAGCCUCGAGACAAUGGUGUGGGAGGCCCUGUGGCUCGGCGCCGGCCAGUGCGAGGCCUUCCUGUGCGAGCGCGUCGACGACCACAUCCUCCUCAUCCUCGCCGAGCGGUAA